CGCGCCCUCGACGCCCACCGCCGCCUCCAGUGCACCCAUGGGCGUCCAGGCGAGAGCAGUGUGGCACCAGACGCGACACGGAGAGGUCGAAGUCGGCGUGCCUGAGAGUGCCGUGGGAGUGCCGGCGUGUGGUUCAGGGAGAGCGCGCUGGUGAUGAGGGCGACGAGCCAGCCGUGUCCCGCAGCCGUGCCUCGAGGCCAUCACCCGUCAUCAAGCGCAUGACAUGACAAGCAACUGCUGCAAGAAACGUUGGGCGUGAGAACCUCCCAAGCAGAGCAACGUCGUGCUCGUCGGCGGCCGUGCACGCUGCCGUUUUUGCUUGCAAGGCCCGCUGCUUUGCGAGCAAGAGCCCGUCCGGCGCGGUUCCUCUGGCGGCCACGGAGGCGGAAGCAUACUUUCCACGCCCCGUGUAAACAGACCGUUGCCUCGUGCAGGUUCCGACUGAUCAUCUGUUGCUAUAGUGAAGCCGUAAGAGUGCCAUUGCCAGGGACAGGAGAAGGUCUUUUGGAGUCAAUGUGGUGGCAUCAUGACGGCGGAACUGUGAGUGACAGUGCCACUUGAAUUAACCAUCUCGAGCCGUCCGUAUCACGACAGCAUCUUAAUACGACCUCGUCAGACGUAGCUUCUCGCAAUGAAAAAGUUGCUCCUUGUAACCUAUGUGCCAGAUACAUAUCAGUGUGACAUGCCUAUGUUUCCCUAAGUCGACAAGGAAUUAGAACAUUCCCGCAGAGGAGUAAGCGCGGCCGGACUAGAGGGUUUGCCCGCGAGCGUCACAGAGCGACGGGAACGCACGAUACACAGCCAACCGUCUCAUUUACCCAUUUAGCCCCAUUACCAUUCGCACCCAUGAGAGCUGUUGGGGCUGUGCACCAAGACGCCCUCCUCGCCCUCCUCCUGCUCCCCUCUUCUCCUUCGACAGGAACCUCCGCCAGAAUCUGCUCUUCCUCUCCCGCCCUUGCCUGCGGCCCGAGUGCUCUCCUUCCGAUACGAGGCCGCCGCACGCGACGCUCGGGCGUGGACAUGCCGCGUCGCUAUGAAGUUGACGCCGAGUGACAAUAAGAGACGUUUAUGAAAGAUUAUAGGCCUACAGAAGUGUUAGAUUCUAACAGGGUCGAAACCGAGGCCCGGAAGCGCAGGGUCGCGGGAGGACGUGGGGGGGCGGGUGUGAAAAACAUGUAGGAUUCAAGAGCGUUUCUUGUGCUGCACGACUGCCCGCAAACAUGGAUAUCUGGACGUAUAUGGUGUCGUGGGCCGACCGCAUCAUGGCGCCGCCCCCGCUGAGGCAGUUCGCCUCCACCUCGGCCAUGUCCUCGCGUCACGUGACCGAGGACACGCCCCCUGACCUGCUCGAGGGCACCAUGGACCUCACCGUCAUCCUGCCCGCCGGCCACAGGGUCAACAUGUCCGUGCACAGGAGCACGCCCAUGAUGGACCUUCUGAUCCAGGUCACCACCGCCCACAAGGUCAACCCGGGCGGCCACAUCAUCCACGUCGUGUCAGACAACCGACUGAUCUCCUACAAGCCUUCCACGCCCAUCGGGACGCUCGACACCAACGUCAUCCACAUCGUGCCCAAGAACAAGGUCAACGAGGAGGCGAAGAAGCGGCGCGCGCAUCUCGUCACGCAGGCCAUCGAGAAGAACAUCAGGCUGAAGCCUAAGGAAUACGUCUACAAGCAACAACUUGUGGUGAACCUCCCGAGAAAUCAGCUGGCGGUGUAUCGCGUGCCUCCCAAGACGCUCAUCUCGGACGUCCUCACGAUGGUGUGCAAAGACCGCUGCCUCGACCUCGACAACCACGAGAUUCGACAUCCAGUGAACGUGGACGAGAAGCUACGCGGCAGCUGCACCCUCGCCGACUACCAGCUGCAGGAGGUGUGUGUGGUGCCGCGGGACUUCCGUGCCCCGCCGCUCUCCGUCACCGACCUCAUCACCAUGGCGGCCAUCUCGCACCCGGAGGACAAGAAGCGACGCACGCUCCUCUCGCUCUUCUCGAGGAAAACCAAAUCCUCGACGGGUGACAGCAGCUUGUCGUCAGGCAGCGCGGGCGAGCGAAGCGUCAGCCCCGCCCGCUCUGACGAAUCGGCUGACGGGCGGCCGACCCCCCGCCCACUCUCCCCGGCCUCGUCCUCCGCCACCCUCACCUCCAGCCACCCGCCGCCGCCCCUCUCCCGGCCCGCCUCGUCGCUCAACCUCGCCCGGGCCAGGAAGAGACAGGCUCCCGCGCCCCCGCCCGCAGCGCCUCCGCCCGCAGCCGCGGCGCCCGCGCACCACUCAAAUGGCAAGGCGGAGAACGAGCGGCGAGAGGGCGGCGGAAGCAACCUGUCGCGGCGCAGUUCGGACUCGUCAGGAUACCACGAGUCGGAGCACAGGUCGCCUCACACCAGUCCCGCCGGCUCGGAGAUCAGCAGCCUGGACACGAGCCGCGGGCCCGGCGCCGCCGCGACCAACCUCACGUCGGUGGUGUCGACGUCCAGUCUGUCCCUGGCCUCCUCCCGGAGCAAGAGGCGCGCCCCGCCGCCGCCGAAGCCCGCUCCCGCCAAGCACGACGACGCGGCGCGCCCCUCGGCCAUCCCCGAGGAAGCGGAAACCCCCCAGCCAACAAAGGCUUCCGAAGAAGCCGCGAAACCUCGAGUGAACGGGGAAGCCGAGCCCGCCUCCCCCCCUUCCUCCUCCACCCCCCAGCCCCCGGAGGCGCACCCCUCCUCCCCCACCUCGUCCCACGUGAGCUCCGUCUCGUCCCUGAGUAGCGUAGAGCACCAGCGGGCGUCCAGCCCCCUCCUGCCUCCUCCGCCAGACGUAGAGUGCCCUCCUCCUCCUCCCCCUCCGGCCUCCGCCUCAGACUACACUAACUCUGGCGCCUCCUUCAACGCCUCCCGUCCUCCUUCCUCCAAAGCCUCCGAUCUCGGAAUGUCACCUCCUCCCCGUAGCCACUCCGCUUCCUCCUCCUCCUCCUCUUCCUCUUCGUCCUCCUCUUCCAACACUCCUUCCCCCACCACCGCACGUGCUACUGUUGCUGCCAGAGUCAGCCCGGGAAUGCAGCACGAGGCAGCAUCAGCAGCAGCAGCAUCACCAGCAAGCCUGAGCAACGGCAGUGGAGCAAGUGGAGUCAUCUCUCCUGACAGGUUAGCGGCGCAGGAGGGCCGUCUUCAGCCCCGCCUCCAGGAUCCGCAGCGUCGCCUCUUCUCCUCCCCGCCGACGCAUCCGGAAGACAAUCGCAAGAGGCACGCCCCUGAAGACGCGGCCAGGACUGAAGACAGCCACCCUAGCAAGAGCGCCAAACAGCAAGGCCGCGACAUCUCUGACGUCAGUGCUGAAAGUGCCAAACAGUACCCUGAGGAUGUUAUAAUGCCACUGAGCGCCAAUAUGGAGAAUGCAUCAAAUAUUCCUAUGUUUAGGAUCGUCACCAAGUCACAAACAACAGUACAACAAGAUGAUGAUGUAAAUAAAAAGUUCAUAGCCGAUGGAAAGACGCAGAAAAUUAAGGAAGACGACUGGCUUGGCUCGAAAGGAAAAGCAUCGUUGGGGAAAGGCAACCCGCUAGCCCGAGGUGGGCGGCUUCAUAAACAACAGAAUGUGUUUCUCGAUGAAGACGACGAUGAUAUGGAUUUCAACGAAGAAAUGUUUGCGCCAAGACAUGCGUUAGGAAACUCCACCAACCAAAGUAUGGAGUGGAGAGAUCUUACCGACCAGUCUUUUGGAGGCGGCCCCCCGCCAGCUUCCUCGACCCCAGUGGAUAAGUCGACUCCGGAGCCAGUCCCCAGAAAGAAGACCCCGCCCAUGCUGCAGAAGCCCACCCCGCCCAGCAAGCCAGAGUGGUUAGACACAAGUAACCGGACGAUCGGUAGUGGUGUGAAUUCAUCCUUUGAAGGUGGCAUUACUGUGGAGAAUGUCGAAACGCCACCCAUGCCUGCACCUAGAAAUAUAGUCUCUCGGAAAAAGAGAGCGCCGCCUCCUCCUCCUGUGUCCAAUGUGAAAGUGCCUGAGACUGCACAACAAGAUCAGGUGGUUCCUAGCGUGCCGAAACAACAGGUGCUUAACCCCUCUUCAGAACUUUCUGUGAGACCAAAGUACAGUGAAAUCCCAACCAGUUCUCGGCCACGGCAUUCAGAAGCCGAAGACUUUGAUAGAAUCAUGAACGAACCGCAGGACGAAGAAUUCAGGGUCCAUGUAUCGAGACUUUCACAGAUCGAGCCAGACCAGUUAUCUCUACUAACAGAAGUAGAUGUUGAUUCCCCGUCGUACCGUCGAUCCCCUGCAUCCAGUGUCUCCUCAAGAGAGUCUGGAAACCCAAAGAGAAGUGUUGAGAUGGACAUACUUUAUCCUGAAAAUGAUGCAGAUGUGAAGUCCAUAAGUAGUUCAUCGAGCGCGUCGUUCCACAGCUCCUCCCCACCGCCCCCUCCUGUCGCACCCAGCGCCGCAAUCCCCUCCCAGACAACGGCCAGUAGUUACCGUGCCGGAUACCUCGCUUUGCUAUCACAGCUCAGAAGCUGGGACAACACAGAGUCUCUUCAGACUGCUGGCUUAGACUCCUCUGACUCUCAUAGCAGCACCCCUCGCGGGUCCCUCCAAGACACCCCCGCACGAGAGGGCUCGCCUCAGAGGCCCUCUGAGGACGCCUCUCAGUGGUCACCCUCCUCCCGUGGAGGGGCGCAUCGUGGGCCUUCUACACGACCUCGACUUGUCUCCAGCUCUUCUCUGUGCUCAGAUACAGAUCAUGAGGUACAGACUCGCACUGCCAGCUUCUCCUCAGAGACGAGUGAGGAUAAUGUUGUCAGCAGUAGAGUGGAGUCGACCUACACCCCGAGCGAAGAGUCUCUCGAGCCGAAAACAGAGGAAAACAACCUCCAAGACGUCGCCAAGAACCUCGUGAACGAAACCGCCCCGCCCGACAAGGGAGAGAAGAGUACGCCUACUGAGAGUAUUAAUCGCUGUAGUAGUAUUAGCAGCGCGGACGAAGAAAGCCAGGCGCGCGUCGGCAAGCAAACCCCUGCUUCAGAAUCCGCGACUUCGAAAGCCACCCAGCCCGAGGCGAACGAGGCACGCGACGUCGCCGAACCCAAAGACUUCACGACGAGAGACUCUGGCUCCUCACAGUCCGAACGGGACUCUGAUGGAGACAGUCGGGGAGAUCACACGCAAGAGCUCAUCAGAGAAACGCCGCAAGUUGGCAUCGCAGAAGAAAAAACGAGAGAAGAAGUGAAAAUGGAGAUGCCCGAGCAAACCGCAAAUAUCCCAAAGGAAACCAAGCAUAUCCCCAAUGGAUCGGUCGAUAGCUCCUCUGACAUCAGUAGUGACAAACAGCACGUCACGGCCGCCACGGGGAGCAGAAAGACCUCCGUGUCAUCGAUGUCGUCCGCUUCGUCGGGAGAUUCGAGCGGACAGACAGAGCACGAGAGGGUGAGCGCGCGGGAGGCACAGGAGAAGUCGAAGAAAGCGAUCGAGAGCCACCUCGAAGCGGCCUUUGCCGAUCUGGACGAGGAGAGCCACUCGAACGGCCCCGCCCCCGCCACUGGCGUCUCGGUGCCACCCCUGGAGUGCAUCAGCCCCAAGGAGCCUCAAGUGGAAGCGUGGGAGUACAAGAUCCCGGACCCCCCCACGCCGUUCAAGGACGGGCCGACGUCGAAACUCUCGGACGAGUCGUCGAGCGUGUCCUCGGACGCCCCGGAGAUCCUCUCCGAUGUCCCCUCGGGCUUCAAGGACUCACCCGCCAGCUCCAUCGUCGAGGCAAGGAAUUCAGUCGAGUUGAAUAGUAUACCCAAGCUGCUGAAGGUCCCCGGGGACACGACCGACUCCGCCAGCACCGCCUCCAGCAGGAGGAGCUCCACCUCCAGCGUCUCGACGUCCUCCAAUAAGUUCGACGAGAGGUCGAAGCAGAGCGUCAUCAACGAGCUGAAGACGACGCUCCUGGAGACGAACAACAACGAGCCCAGGAUCAUCGAGCUCAAGCCCAAGGCCAAGGCGGUGGACGCGAUCCUGCAGGCGCCGAAGGAGAUUCCCGCCGUGGAGACGAAGGCGGAGGUUUUGCCGGUGCGAGCCAACUUCCCGGUGGACCACUCGUUCGUCCCGCGAGUCGUCGCCAAGCUGCCUCCGUCCACUAGCGAGCCUCGGCUCAUCCUGGACCACACCCUGAUCUCCAAGCCCAGGAUGGACUCGGUGUCCAGCUACGAGAGCUGCAACACGCCCGAACCCCGCGACAGGUCGGACUCGGACUCCAGCGCCCGAGACAGGACGGGCUCGAGCACCAGCUACGAGAGCGCGCCGCCUCCGGUGCCUGAGGCGCCCCUGCCCUCUGAGUCCGAGUCUGAGCGGAAGAUAUCGCGGUCGUCCUCCGACGCCAGCGACCUGGGGCGUCGGCACGACUCCGAGAGCUCAGACGACCACGCCCUCACCAUAGCGCCGGUCAUGAAGUUCUCCAUCUCCACGUACAGGUCGCGGGCCGAGGAGACGAGCUACGACAAGAAGAUCACGAAGUCGGAGUCCUUCAGCCACCUGGCAAGGCCCAAGAUGGACGGCGCGAAAGGCCAGCUGCUGAAGGCCGAGUCCAUGUCGGCGCUCACGCGGCCGGAGGAGGCGGAGCACGCCAUCAAGACCAUCCCCGAGGUCAAGGAGGAAGUGACGGCCGACAGACCCUCCGCCGCCGCCCCGCCCGCCGCCGUUUCCGAGAAGCCGGUGCCGCCAGAGAAGCCGGUCAUCAUAGAGGCAACACUGAAGCCGUCGCAGCUGUUCGCCAAGCCGGUGCCGCCGAGCAAGCCGUCGUCCCUCGCGACAAGCCAGCCUCUGGGCCGCAUCAACAGCUUCAGCGACAGGCCGGGCAUCUACCGCACCAGCAGCAUCGAGGGCCGCUUCGUGACGCCCGAUCCCUUCCGCCCUCCUCGCAGGCUGCAGCGGUCAGACAGCCAGGAGCAGCUGGGCCGAGCCAACUCCAUGCACAACCUGGCCACGCCCAACUUCGACCUGAGGAAGGCGCAGUCGUCAUACGACAUCUAUUCCGGAAGCAACGGUAACAGCAGUAACAGCGGAAUGCCGGGGAUGCCUGGAAUGCCGGGCAUGAUGGGAAUGCCCAGCCUGAUGGGAGGCGGCAUGAUGCCCCACGACGCCCGGCUGGCGGACGAAUUCAUGAAACUGCAGCAGGACUUCUUCAAGUGGCAGCAGCAGCUCCUGCAGAACCAGCAUGUGCUGCACAGCCGCGUCGCGCCGCUCGCCUCCAACCCGCCGCAGCUGCAGAGUGUCGGGGUGUUGCGAGACAUCAUGUCCCAGAACCCGAGCGACGGCGGGAACGGCGGCCAGGGCGUGGUGGAGGCGUAUAACCCCGUGAUGGAACCCGCCCCCGCCCCUGCCCCCGCCCCCGCCGCCCCCAGGGAGAGAAUCAUCACCAUCCGGAUGGAGGGGGCCGACGGCGAGACGGAUGAGUCGAAGGUCCCGACGCAGCCGGCGCCGAGAAUGCACCAGAGCCAGGUUGUCCACAACAUCACCAAUGACAUGAGUCGCCUCAACACCUCUGCCCAGCCAAGGGUCAACACCGUGCAGUCAAGGAGAUGGGCUGAAGAACCAAACGUGAGCGUGGGGUCGUGGGUGGAGCGCCCGUCCCAGCCCGUGGGCGUUUAUCAGGACCAGGACUACGUCACAUCUGUUCCCCGGUCGCAGACUUCCCAGGAUUUCCCACCUUCAGUCGUCCCUGAACCACAGCAGCAGGCUUUUGCACGUCCAGCUGAAACCAUGAGUCAGGAAAGGAGGCCCUACCAGUCUGCACAACCUCAACAGCCUCAGUUUAAUCAGCCACAGCAGCUUCACAACCUGUCCCCGCAGCAGCAACAGCAGUUUGCACAGUUUUUGCAACAGCAACAACAACAGGAAAAACAGCAGCCCCAGUUUAUGCAGCAGCAGCAAAAACAGCAGCCUCAGUUCAUGCAGCCAGUGCAGAGCAAAUUAAUGCCACAGCAGAAGCAGCCGUCCCCGACAUUCAUGCGCCCUCAGCAGCAGAAGCAGCCCUCUCCUCCUCAGAUGCAGCAGCAGAAGCAGCCCUCUCCUCCUCAGAUGCAGCAGCAGAGACAGCCUUCACCAUUCAUGCAGAACCAACAGCAGAAGCAGCCUUCCCCGCCGUUCAGCCAGGCCCAGCAGCAGAAGCAGCCUUCCCCUCCCCCCACGUACACUCAGCAGCAGAAGCAACCUUCCCCUCCGUUCAUGCAGCAGCAGAAGCAGUCUUCCCCGCAGUACCUGCAGCAGCCAAAGCAGCCGUCCCCGCCCAAGCAGACCCAGCAGGCGGAUGUGCCACAGCCCGAGAGAGCAGCGUUCUGGCGAGAACUGGAGGCCAGGCGCCAGGACUUCGGGCUGCAGAAGGAGCCUGAGAGCCCGGAGCCCACGCGCCCUCCGCGCCGGAACUCCCGCCAAGACUCUCCUCCGCAGGAUAAUGUAGAGGCCUCGAAACCGCUAACCUAUUUCGGACAGCAAGCCGUUGUCCAUGAGCCCCCCCAGACGUAUUACUACAACGGAGAAGGAACUCCUGCCGCGGCCCAACGACCCAGGGAAGCUGAGAAUGAAUCUGGUCCGCGAUACACCUCUGUGGUGACAUUGUCUUCUGACAAAGGAGAAACGGGCAACGGAGCAGCUGCACCUAGAGACAAGGUCCGCUCAGUAGUUCAGCUGAACAACGAUCAGCGUGGCCAGCCCCGACCUGCUCCCGUCGUGCGUGGUUUCCGACAGCCCUCGCAGCCUCAGUCACGGUCUUCUGUGUCACCCCCCACGAAUAGUUCGGUUCCGGCUCCUCUGCAGGAACCCAUCCCACAGGCCCCGACGGCUGCAAGACUCGUGGCCGCGCUGUCUCAGCCAGCACCUAAGGCCCCGUCACCCUCGCCCAUGGCAUCUGUGGGCGCCACCCGCGUGUCCCCGCCGAGAACGUCGCCCUCUCGUGUGUCUCCUCCUCGCACGUCGCCAUCCCGGGUGAGCCCCCCGUCUGGGCCUGCAUUCCAAAACGUGCAGCUUCGCCCCGUUCCGGGUGGCUCUCGUGGCUCAACUCCUCCGGAAGUAGUGCCACCACCUCCUGCCCCACCUGCACCACCCAUGGCUCCCCCUCCCCCUAGUAAUCAGGCAGGUGGAAUGCCCCCACCUCCUCCCCCACCUGCACCACCCAUGGCUCCCCCUCCCCCACCGGCACCCACAGCUGGCGACGGAGAGAGGCGAACGGCGACCGGGAAGCGCAUCGUGGCGCCCAAGACGGCCCCGGCGCUGGAUCCCCGCGAAGAACUCAUGAUGGCCAUCAGGAACCACGGCGGGUCGCGGAACCUGAGGAAGACCCACAACAUGAUUAAUCAUUAAUCUGGAUUUAGCAAAGCUCAAGACAAUGCGGUAUGAUUAACGUGUCCUGCGUCAAUGAAUGAAUAAAUGAGGUCGCAGAGAGAGUUUUUGGAUGUUUUGUUAUUGCAUUUGUGUCUUUAUUAUAUGACUUUGUUGUGCUAUUGUUUAUCGAUAUACAAAAUGUAUCAUUACAAAAAAGGUAUCCAGUACCUUUGUUAAAGGAAUUUUCGUUUAUUCUCCAUAUUGGACUUUUGUAUCUAUGUAUUUCUAGCUUGUGUAGUGCCUUACUCCAGUGAAGCUCAUACCUUAUGGGCUUUGUAUAGUCUUGUACAGUAUAUAUCAUCAUUAUGUAGAUAAUCUAAGCAUGUUGUAAUCUACUGUCUUAUAAAUAACAUGAUCAUAUGCAGUUCUUCAGCUCAUCUUUAUCAAUCAGGAAAUAAUAACACAUUAACAGACAGGUUGAUGCCUGCCAGUUUUAAUACUUGUAAGUAAUACUCAGCAAUAUUAUUGGUGCUACCAUCUGCAUAUUUUAUAUACUGCUAAUAUUAUACUCUCGUAUGACAUAAGUGAAAUUUAAUGUAUUUUUUUCAGACUAAAAUUUAAAUUCUGUAUGAUGAAUUUCAAGCCUAAGGGAAGAGGUUUCCCUUGCAUAUUAUACAGUAUUUUAGGAAGAUGUGCAGAAGCCUUUUAAAUCUGUCAUUCUGUGCUUUCUUUCUGUAGUAACGAAAUGACUAAAAGCUGUUUAUGCAUGAUUUUUCUACAUAUAUGUGUCAUAAAGACGGCCAUAACUUCUCAUAUUUCAUGUUUUCUGAUUAAUAGAUCUAUUAAUGAUAAUACCUUAUGCUUGUGUAUCCUUCCUUAUUGUUAUAUAUACUUUUCUUUUGCUUUUGUAAAUAAUGUAGAAGUAUAUUUUCUCCAAUAAACGUUAAUAUUGGAA